GGCGGCCAGAGCCGGCCCACGCAGGCACGGGGUACUCGGCCGGCGAGAGUCAUUGCCAGUCAGCCAUCGCAGCAAAUUUGCAUGGGACUACGAUGAAUUAGACCCGUCUCCUCCUAUCUUCGGGCACCUGUAUCGGGGGCCGAACAAUCCUUCGAGGUGGCCUCGACUCAUUUCCAUAUUCCUCAAUUGAUCUUCCUGAGGCAUCUUCAAAUUGUCAAUUGUCUCUGCCCCAAACAGAUUGCCAAUCGAAACAUUAGCAAACGCUUGCCUGAUUUCUUUAUUCCCUUCCUGAGACCAUCUCCGACCUGCUUGAGAACAAACACAACUAGCGAAUAUAUAUACAUACGUCCCACACCGCCAGACGCAGGCAGAGGACCCGGAGGAACAGCCAGGCUUUCAACGGAACCCCAAUGCCUUCUGCAGAGAAAAUGGACACCGCAAGCAUCACGAGCUCGUCGUCCGGCGGCCGGCGCAACGGCGAGGAGCGCCCCGGCAGCAAGAAGCGCAAGCACCACAAGGUCAACGGCACCCAAGAGAGGCGGGACAGCAUCAGCGCCCCCGCGCGAGACCCCCGAGAUAUCCCCGACCGCCCCAAGAAGAAGAAGUCCAAGAAGUCCAGCACCACGGCGCACACCACCACCGCCGGCGCCGGCGGGCCCACCGCGACCACAUCCCACCACAGCACAGGCGCCGCCGCCCCCGCCGCAGCUGGGACGGUGACGCGGUCGCCGAGCCCCGUGAUCGACUUUGACGGGCUGUCGCGGCCCAGCUCGGGGACGCGCGAGCGGCUGGAGGAGACCAAGGAGCAGGCGGACAAGCGGCUGGCGCGCAUGUGCGGCGCCGUCAGGACCAUACUCGAGUGCGUGGGCGAGGACGCCGACCGCGAGGGCCUGCUGGCGACGCCCGAGCGCUACGCCAAGGCCAUGCUCUUCUUCACCAAGGGCUACCAGCAGAACGUGCGCGACAUUGUCAACGGCGCCAUCUUCGAGGAGGGGCACAACGAGAUGGUCAUCGUCAAGGACAUCGAGGUCUUCAGCAUGUGCGAGCACCACCUCGUGCCCUUUACUGGCAAGAUGCACAUCGGGUACAUCCCCAACCAGUCCGUCAUUGGCAUCUCGAAACUGCCCCGGAUCGCGGAGCUGUUCGCCCGCCGGCUGCAGAUCCAGGAGCGCCUCACCAAGGAGGUUGCCAAUGCCAUCAUGGAAGUCCUCAAGCCUCAGGGUGUCGCGGUCGUCAUGGAGUCCAGCCACCUGUGCAUGGUCAUGAGGGGCGUCGAGAAGACCAGCACCAGCACCAUCACGAGCUGUGUGCUGGGCUGCUUCGAGCGCAAGGAGAAGACGAGGAAUGAGUUCCUGAACCUAAUCAGCGUCAACCGCCGCGCCUGAUGGCCCAGUCUCGCUUGUGGUGUUCAGCUAAGUGGUUAGGACGUGGCGAUGGGGACGUUCUUUUCCCCUCGGUCACAUCUUGUGGUACACCAUGUGUGUACAAGGAGUGCCCUCAUCGGAGAGGCUGGAUGAUCAACUCAUUACAAGGAGCGGCAACGCCCCCAACACGCUCGCUGUGAGCCUCGUCGUGGAGCGUGUCUGGUAUUGCAUAUGAAUCUCGGCGUUUUGGGAGAAUUUGGACAGGGCGGUAGAUCGGGCUCAAAAUGGCAUUCAUCAUGCCCGCCAACGGUAUUCAACAUCGGAGCAUUCAUUUCGGAAAGGGGGGCGGCUAGCUGUGUGGCAAAGUUGGCGUUUGUGGCUUCAACUCCUCUAUACUGAAUCAAAAAGCAUAAUGUGACAAUCGGGACUGCCAUCUAGUCCCACCCAUUAGUAUCCCUCCCUGUAUGCACCCUAUACACGUAUCGUGAAGCUGGUAAACUGACCCGCCCAUACACUGCCCAAUGGCAACAGAGCCAUCUCGUUGCCAUCAUGACACCUUCCUGACUUCCCUCCCGGACUCCCCCUUCUCAACAGCCUCAACCCUCGGCCUGACAACGCCCAAGAUCUCCUCAGCAACCUCCUCAACACUCCCCCCAGCAUCAACAACAACCAAAUCCUCC